AUGCCAUCAAUUGGUACGCACAGUGGAAAAUUUCAUUGCGAUGAAGUACUUGCUUGUUCUCUGCUUCGUUGUCUCAGUGAUUUUAAAAAUUACGAAAUUAUUCGGUCAAGGAAUCCUGUUCUUUUAAAUAAGUGCGAUAUUGUUGUAGAUGUAGGUGGUGAAUACGAUCAUCUCAAAAGGCGUUAUGAUCAUCAUCAAAGUUCAUUCAACCACAGUAUGAAAUCUUUAAAUCUACUAGAUUUCAACACCAAAUUGAGCUCGGCUGGUCUCAUAUAUGCGCAUUAUGGUAAAAAAAUAAUUGAAGAAAUAUGUGGUCUUGAUCAGAACCCUGCAAUUGUUGAAAUUCUCUAUGAAAAAGUUUACGAAUCUUUUGUUGAGGCUGUUGAUGCUAUUGAUAAUGGUAUAGCACAAUUCGAUGGCAUUCCAAGAUAUAAACUCGGUGGAACUCUUUCUGAUCGAGUAAAUCGUCUUAAUCGAUCGUGGAAUCAAAUCGAUUAUGAUGAGAACGCGAAGUUUCUGGAAGCUAUGAACUUGGUCCAGAAUGAAUUCUGUGAAUGCCUAAAUUAUUACUAUAAAACUUGGUUGCCCGCAAGAACUGUCGUCAAAAAAUCUUUGGAAAAUCGGUUUCAGACUGAUGAAAGUGGUCAAAUUAUCUUGCUUGAAAUGUGCGUCCCUUGGACUGAACAUUUUCUUGAACUAGAAAAGGAAUUAAGUUUGGAUGUUCAUGAAAUCACUUAUAUUGUUUAUCAAGAUCCGACGAGUGGCCAGUGGAGGGUUCAGUCAAUACCCAUCGAUAAAAAAUCAGCGUUUAAAAAUCGACUUCCACUUGCGGAAUCAUGGCGUGGUUUACGUGAUGCUGAAUUAUCAUCUGUGGCGGGAAUCAAUGGUUGUGUCUUUGUGCAUAUGAGUGGUUUUAUAGGUGGUAAUGAAACACGCACUGGUGCACUUGAUAUGGCCCGAAAAUCAUUGGCAUUGGCUGGCAAAUACAAACACUAA